AUGAUAGCUCAACCAAAAGCAUCGUUUGUAAAUACUGCUAGUACCCAAGAGAAUAUUCGUAUGUAUACAAUUGUUGGUGCUCGUCGAACGGCACCCCUGUUGCAAAAUCCAGAUGUUGUUAUAUCGACACGAAAUAAACAACACGCUGUGAUCAAAUCGCACAUUGUUACCAUGGAGAAAAGUGCAAAACAACGUCCACAACUUCCUUCUGAACCAAGAUCAACUGAAAAAGAACGACCACUGUAUGAAUUUCGAGAGCAAAAUCCUGCACAGCCUAAAAAGCAGAAUUACGUGAACAAGAGGUGGGCAGAAGAACCGUAUUCACCUAGGAUGAAACGAAAUCCGACACAAAGAGCUCAACAGGACUAUACCCAUCCGUCGAAAGCGGGUGAACGUUUACACAUCGGUACUCAUCCACCCUUCGACUAUAUCGAUGGAACACAUGCUGAUAAUAGAGAAAUACACCAGAAGAGAUUACGCUACGAUCGAGUAUCCCGCCGGCGCGCAAUUUGGCUUCCAGUUUGGACAUAA